UAAUGAUAAAGGUCAAUACUGUGGAAAAAGCUAUGCGAAGCUCGUAUCCACUCUAGGAGUCAGAUGUCGGCAGACAAUAGGGUUGGCUUAUAAAAACUGGAAAGAAGUCAACCCGACUCUGAAAAAUAAAGUUUGGAAAGACAUUCAGACGGGGUUCAUUGUGCCGGACACCUUCAAACAUGAUUGUCUCAUCCUAGCUGGGAAGUUAAUGAAAGACUUCAAGAAUAGGAUGACAAAAGACAUCAUAAUGCCCGCGUUGAAAGAGAAUGAUCUGGGACGACUGGCACAAGUCCCUGAAAAGCACCCCGAGAUCGACGCUGCUGAUUGGUGCAAAUUUGUUGAAAGUCGACUAACUCCUGAAUUUCUGGAAUUGAGUAAGGUGCAACGUGAACGUUCCUCAAAAAUUCAAUCCAGACAUCGAAGUGGUCGGAGUGGAAUGGUGAACGUACGGGAAGCUGUGAAAAAGGACCUCGAAGUUGCAGAUCCCCCCCGCCACCGUGUUUGGAUUAAAUCUCGCACCAAGAGUAGAAAACUUGUCACUGAUUACGACAAGGAAAUUGCAGAGAAGAUAGCUCAAUUAGAGGAGAAGCUUAGUCAGGGACAAAUUCAGGUCCAGGGCCAAAACGAUAUCCUGACGCAGGCGCUCGGGACACCAGAGCAUCCUGGACGUGUCAGGGCUGCUGGGUUCCUGACCAGGGCAUCUCAACUGUUCGGCAGGAAGAAAAGGGAAGUGUCUGAUGUUGUGGCUCGGCAAGCGCAGGAGAUUGAAAAAUUAAAAGUCGAAGUCCAAUCCCUUAAGCAGCAGAGGAACGCUGCCGAACAAGAGGAAGAAGGAGAGGUGGCUGGUGAGGCGUAUGUUCCACAACCAUACGCUCCUCAGGAUGAGGUACAACCACAAAUUUAUGCUGAGGAGUUUAUUUCCCUCAACGACCAAGGUAUCCUAUACAAUUUUGAUGACCAUGCGGCCCUUAAUCAGCAAGUACAUCUCUGCUCUGACAACAUCGACAAUAUUGUGGCCCGAGGGUAUUUGUACGAGCAUGUGGGUAUGAUCAAAGUUCACUGCCAGGAGUACGAUGAUUCACAUGCCCGGAUCAUGGUUUCGGAAAUCCUGCAAGAGGACGCUGAAAUCCCAGUCCCAAUUGAAGAGUGCAGAUAUGUUAGGGACGUAUACCAGAUGUUCCUUCCUUGGCCUAAACACUUAAUUUUAACAACCGAGGUAACUUCUCAACUCAAAUUAAUUAUUAAUGAUUAGUGGAGUUUGAAUAUCUUCAAUAUUCAUCCGUAGUGAAGUAGGUUCUGCGAAUAUAUGUGCUGCGGUGGGAUGGAUGAACAAACUACUGUUAUAUAUGUGUUAUUUGUCAUUAUACAGCCAUGUUCAAAAUUUUUGGGGUCAUUCAAUUACAACCGUUAUGCUGCCGAAAUUUCGGUAGAAUUUGGAUAAAAUUUGAUAUAUAUAUAUAUAUAUAUAUAUAUAUUAUGUUCUGUUUUGUUUAGGGUCCACUCGCUCAACCGCCCUCAAGACGUGAUGCAUCAAAGGGGAAAGCUCCGAUGCUUUCUCCACAAGGCCGUGGUGCACGGGAAGAUGAGUUGUUCACGGAAGAGAAGAUGGCGUUGAUCCCUAAUUCGCUAAAAUGGAUGAUUCAUGAAUUCCUAAGGCUCAAAGAUAAACGUGAUAUAAUCACAAUUCCUGUCCCCCGAGGAUUCAUUGCACCGCGUACCCAGAUCAUUU